CUCUCUUCCAAUCCAGACAAAAGGAGAGGACGGAUCCGCGGCGACGCGCACUGAGCCGAGCAUCUGAGCACCUUGGAGACUCCACGGGUUUGAUCCGACGCGCAAGAACGCACCGGCACACCGACGCACACGCCCCCCAGAUCCACCUGAAACCCCCGAAUCUGGUUAAUUGUCCUGUGUGAAGGGCGAGGAAAGGCAGUCUGAGCCCCGGUUCAAUCGCAGCCAGUACACCGUGUUCCCAUGAUGUCAUACCUGUGGAUUCUGCUAUUAGGAAGCCUGCUGGCAGCAAGCGCCAAGGCACAAGAUGAUGUAGGCCCAACAGAUGUGGCAGUGGAUCCUGGUACCCCGGCCCCUGAAGCAGACGUACCGCCUGAGGUCACAGAAGAAACUGUCGCCGAUGAAGACACCGGCCAUACAGCCGAGGAAGAAGCACCAACAGAGGAUGAGGUUGAGCCCACUGCUGAGCCUGCAGCUGGUGCUGAUGAACCAGUGACUCCUCCAGCUGAGGACGCAGAACAAAGUACUCCUGUGGCUGAAGAAGCAGAACCAGAAACUCCUGCUGGUGAAGGAGACGCAGAACCAGAAACUCCUACAGCAGCAGACACAGAGGCGGAAGCAGCUGCAACGACACAAGAGCCUGCAGCUAUUCCAGAUACAGAUGUUGAGCAACCAACCGACAGUGGAGAAGAGGAACCUACCUCAAGCAUUGAUACAACACCUGCUCAGGAGGAGGAUGGAGCUGAUGACCAGACCCCCGCAGUGACAGAUUUACCUGUAGCAGGUAAUGAGGAAGAACCAACAGAUCCUGCUGCUGAUGUAGAACCAACUGAUCAGGGGGUCGAUGUAGAAAAAAUAGAACCAGAGGUCAGAACAGAAGUGAAGGCCCCUUUACCUACAGUUAAAGCUGACGCUGCACCUGAGGUGAACGCAGAUGCAGGAUUAAAGGAAGGCACCGCAGUGGACAACCCAUCACAUCCAGGAAAGAGCCGCAGUUCUGGGGCACAUUCUGCUGGCGCCAAAGGAGAUGCAGCCAAACCUGAAGCCCAAGAGGCCAGCUCUGGCUCUUUAGCAGCCAUCGUGAGUGCAAUUGCUGUAUCUGUAGUGGGAGCAGUCGUUGGAUACUUCACCUAUCAGAAGAAGAAACUGUGCUUCAAAAACAGACAGGAAGCGGAUCCAGAAGCUGCACGCAAAGCUGAUGCAGCAGAGGCUCAGUCAGAUCCCCAGGUCCUUAGCAACCUGUUGAACUCCUCCUAGACCAGCAAUGAUCACAUGACUGCCUGGACCAACUAAAGGCAAGCAAAGUGGCAAUCUCACUGUUAGGCUCUACCUUCUGUAGAGCUACAUUACUGUGAGGCCCCAGAGUAGGGCUGUGUGUGUUUCUGUCUGUUUGAUUGUGUGUGUGUGUGUGUGUGUGUGUGUGUGUGUGUGUUGGUCUGUGUGAGCCUGUGUGUGUGUGUGUGUGUGUGUGUGUGUGUGUGUGUGUGUGUGUGUGUGUGUGUGUGUGAGUGAGUGAGAGAGAGACACUGUGUGAGUGUGCAUAUGUGUGUUCAUUCUUGUGUGUGUGCAUAUAUGUGGGGACAAAUGAGUUAGAAAAGAAAUAGCAAGUAGAUAUAUGUGAACCUUAGGGCUUUUAUGAUUGUUGCAAAAUAGACAUUCAUUGAAAUGAUUGGUCGAACUUUCUACUUUAAACCAAAUCCAACACCUUUUUUCAAGACUGGAUAUUAAAGAGAUCAAAUCUCAAAUUAAGUGUGACCAUGAGAUGGCAAAAUUAUAGAACUACCUUUUUUAAUUUUAUUUGUAUGGCUACUAUCCAGCUCUAGAAAUUCAGUGUGAAUAUAAACCAGUGACAGAUACUGAUGUUGUAGACAUUCAACUUUGUACUGAAUUCUUAAGUGUUUUUCCUUUCUUUUUUUUUUGCCAUUUAUGUCAUUGUUUUAGCCACCAAUAUGAUUUCGGAAAUCCACUGGCACUAUUAAGUACAAGAUAUAUGUCUUUUUCAUUGUGAUUUCCUGCAGUGCAAAUGCAGGGUAGACGGAUAACAGGGGGUUUCAAUAACUACCGCUGUAUUUCCUGGAUUCUGGCUAGGAAAAAUAGUAAAGGAUUACAAUUGUAGGAUUCUGGGGAUACAGUUAUAUGGUCCAACGCGUGUUCAGUGGGCCUCUAAUGUCACUGUAUGCGUGUCUGUGUGUGUGUGUGUGUGUGUGUGUGUGUGUGUGUGUGUGUGUGUGUGUUUGUGUGUGUGUCUUUUUUGAUUGGUGAAGGGGCUUAGUUUUAAAUUCUGUUGGGUGAUUACCAUUCCUCCUCAGUUCAACGAAUUGAUACUGAAAUUAUGAUUGAAAUGAAAAUCAGUGAAUCUUUUAAUUAAACACACGAAAAAUCAAAAUGAAACAAAACAAAGUUUAUUAAUUGCAAAUUCAUUAAACAAUGCCAAUUUAUUAUCUUCAAUUUUGAACAUUGCAAGAAUAUAUAUUUGAAAUUGACUGAGGUGAGUUGAAGUGAAGACUAAUCCAACCCUGUUCCUGUCAAUGUAUGAUUGUUCACCUGACACGGACAAAAGAGGUCUUAUAGAAAUGUAUUAGACAUUGUUCUGAUGUAGUAUGUGUCAGUCUAGUUGUGAUGCAGUAAUUUCUCCUCUAUAGUGCCUUUUAUACUGACACAGCCUGGCUUGACCAAUCUACAGACACACAGGGAAGAGAUCUGGGACAAUAAAAGUAAAAACAGGCAAAAUAGUAGAUCAUUAGAAUUAUUAAUUAUUACAUUAAAAUUGAGGAACAUAGGAUCUUAAUAAAUACAUAAAUUAUCACUUUGGUGAUUGAAAAGCCUCAGCCUGAACUGUAUGUAUGUGAAACUGUUACACUGUUGUAACAGCUGCUGUAUAUCUGUUCACAUGGGUCUAGUUUUUAUUUCCAGUACUUUUUCAACUAAUAUUGCAUUCCAAACUUUUUAACAGCCUCCGUUCAUUUCAGCAGUAAAACUCUCCUCUUUGUGUCUCUUUAGUUGAGCAAGCCAGUUGCUGUCACAGUGUUUUUGUAUCAUUCAUAUUUCCAUUCACCUGUGAUUUUUAUAUGGAUUUUUACAUCUAGCAUUGGUGCCUCAAAGAUGACACAGAUAGUCUUUAGUCAACUCGUUUGCUGUGGUAUUUUGUGAUUAUUAUUGUGAAAUGCCUCAGAAGCAGCGCUACAGCAUAAAAAUAAAAAAAGCCCAACUGUUGUUGUUUGUUUUUUGCCACUGUAGCACAAAAAAUAUUAACUUCUGAAUGUCUUUUUGUUGCCUUGCAGUUUUGUACUUGCUCUGCUCCCUUUAAACUUUGAAAAAGGGUUAUAGAGGUUGCAUAGUGCUGCAGUUUGUGUAAACUGUGUUACUUGUAAAGCACCAUAUAGCUGCAAUACAGGACAGAGACUGUUGCUAACAGCCUAGCCUCAAGAUGAGAAAUAUUAAUAGUCUGAUGUCACAUAUCGAUUAAUCCUACUGUAUAAACUGUGGGCUGGACGCUGGGUCAAAGCUCUGUUUGAAAUGCCUUCUUAUCCUUUAAUCUGUGAUAGACUGAGUUUCUCUUGACACAUUGAACAAGUGGAUAGUUGGUCUGAAAUCUCUUACUGCAUCUGCUUCAAUGGCAUGGGGGGAUAAUGCACAAAAUACCUGAUAAUAGUACAAGCUUUCAGAUAUAGCCAGUGAUGCCUUCAAAACAGAAAAUCCUCCUUUUAAUGCAGUACCUACCCACUUUUUACUCUCUAAUAAGUACAAUAGGAAUCAACAAAAGCACUCUGCUGUCCUGCAGUGCAACUUCAACCUUCCUGUGGCUGAUUUGAUGUAAAGGAGACACCUAUCCCUACAAAUGGAACAAGGCCUGCUUGUGUUUUGAGCAUUAUGGUCCACUCUACAUUUAGUCCCAAGCCAGUCAGAUUCCUUGUAAACACAAGUGACUGGAGCAUAGCAUCCAAACCAGAAUGUAAAACAAGGAAAUCAUAGACUUAUUGGGUCCUGAAGUGCACUUUCCAGAUAAUGUUAGGGCAUCAAUCAUUGCGCUGACCAGUCCUGCCUUAUGUCGCCUCUCGAAUAUUCCAGAUAGGAAAACAAAGAACAAUGUUGUCAUCAGAAAGAAACUGAAACAAGCAAGAGAUGUUUUGCAGGUGAUUUUAAUAACAUAAUCUCUAUGGGAGAAGCACUUUCCUAUCCUGUAUACAUCUUGAUUUAUUAAACAUAUUUAGACAAUUCAUUUUUGAUUUAGACUAGUGACUCUUCCUUUUUAUUUAAAUAUUCUGUGUUUUUAUUUUGUGUAGAAACUGUCUUCUUCAUUUUUUGUCAUCUGGCACUUGUGUUGUUCUUCUGGAAUUGUGUAAAUAAUGUUUGAGGAGUCAAUUAAACAGUUUUCGUGGGA